AUGAAGAGGGAUGCACACGACUUUGUUAAGAAAUGCCAUACAUGCCAAAUCCAUGCUAAUCUAAGUUACAAACCUCCUACAUUGCGGCAAGACAUGCGCACUCCCUGGCCUUUCCAUACUUGGGGGCUCGAUUUAAUUGGGGCAAUCCAUCCCCAUUCCGAUGGCUACAUAUGGAUCCUUACCGCUACGGAAUAUUUCACAAAAUGGGUCGUGGCAAUUCCCCUUCGGAAGGCCACAGGAGCUGCUGUCUCGAACUUCAUUCGAGAAUACAUUGUGUGCAGAUUCGGAAUCCCAUACAAGAUGGUCACCAACAAUGGCACGCCUUUUGUUAACAAGCAAGUGACUUCAACCCUUAGUGGGUACGGUAUUAAGCAUCGGCGCUCUACACCUUAUUACCCGCAAGGAAACGGACAAGCAGAAGCUACCAAUAAAACGAUACUGAGGAUUUUGAGCAAGAUGGUAUAUGAGUACCAAGGGAGUUGGAGCAUUCACCUGCCGGUUGCUUUGUGGGCUUACCGCACCUCACCAAGGAGUGCUACAGGUUUUUCACCUUACUCACUUGUGUACGGGUCUGAGGCUAUUUCACCUGUGGAAAUCACCAUUCCAACAGCCAGAAUAGCGGCUGUCAAUGAUCUUGAAUGGAAUGCAAAGACAUACUCAGAUUGGCGUUUGCUAGACCUCGAAGCGGUUGAUGAGAGAAGGAUGGAAGCAGCAAAAAGGAUGGCACUCUACCACAAGACUGUUGCCCAAGCAUAUAACAGGACCAUUAAGCCUCAAGCCUUCAAGCAAGGAGAUCUCGUGCUAAAAGUCGUUGAACAUGUGAGAAGGCAAGUGUCGGGACCUUCCAAGUUUGCCCCACAAUGGGAGGGUCCAUUCGCAAUCAAGGAGGUACACAACAGUGGUUAUUAUCGCUUGAUCUAUGUCAAAGAAGGCAUGCUAAUGGAUCCCAUCAAUGGAAAAUGGCUCAAGCCCUACUACUGCUAA